CGGCGGCGGCGGGUGUCAGCGGCGGGGGGCGCCGGCGGGGGCGGGGCGGCCGAGGGAGGCGUUGGCAGCAGGCUGGGACCCACGCGGCGCGGCGGCCCGCCCGGCCUGCAGCGCUCCCACCCCCGGCGGCGGCUUCGGCGGCGGCACGAUGCCCUUUGACUUCAGGAGGUUUGACAUCUACAGGAAGGUGCCCAAGGACCUUACGCAGCCAACGUACACUGGGGCCAUUAUCUCUAUCUGCUGCUGCCUCUUCAUCCUCUUCCUCUUCCUCUCGGAGCUCACCGGAUUCAUAACGACAGAAGUUGUGAACGAGCUCUAUGUCGAUGACCCAGACAAGGACAGCGGGGGCAAAAUUGACGUCAGCCUGAAUAUCAGUUUACCCAAUUUGCACUGUGAGCUGGUCGGGCUCGACAUACAGGAUGAGAUGGGCAGGCACGAGGUGGGGCACAUCGACAACUCGAUGAAGAUCCCACUGAACAACGGGGCGGGCUGCCGCUUCGAGGGGCAGUUCAGCAUCAACAAGGUCCCGGGCAACUUUCACGUAUCCACACACAGUGCCACAGCCCAGCCACAGAACCCGGACAUGACCCACGUCAUCCACAAGCUCUCCUUUGGGGACACACUACAGGUCCAGAAUGUCCAUGGAGCUUUCAAUGCUCUCGGGGGAGCAGACAGACUCACCUCCAACCCCCUCGCCUCCCAUGACUACAUCUUGAAGAUUGUGCCCACGGUUUACGAGGACAUGAGUGGCAAGCAGCAGUACUCUUACCAGUACACAGUGGCCAACAAGGAGUACGUGGCCUACAGCCACACAGGACGCAUCAUCCCCGCUAUCUGGUUCCGCUAUGACCUCAGCCCAAUUACAGUCAAGUACACGGAGAGACGGCAGCCUCUGUACAGGUUCAUCACCACGAUCUGUGCCAUCAUUGGCGGGACCUUCACUGUGGCCGGCAUCCUGGACUCGUGUAUCUUCACAGCCUCAGAGGCCUGGAAGAAAAUCCAGUUGGGCAAGAUGCAUUGACGACCCUCCUGGCCCAAUGACUGAGGACCAGGGGGACCCAGGAGACCACCAGCCCUGCCUCCAGUGCCCUGUCUUCUCCUGCCCUCUAUCUGGCCCAGGAUCUGGCUGCAUCCCAAAGUAGGGGUGGUGGUAGCAAAGGGGUGGCUCAAGGUUUCGCAGCUACCUCUUUUCCCCAUGUUUAAUUUUAACAAAUUACCUGGCCUAAAGUCGUGGUGCCCCUUUUCCAGGGGAGCCCCAAGACCAGAGGCAGGUUGGGAGAGGCUCAGGGAUAUUGGGACCACUCCUGGAAGGGCUGUCCCUUCUCUCUCAGGAGGACAGCCCAGAAUCCAUGUUAACCAGCGCUCAGCCAGGCUUUGACAAUCUUGCAGCUCCCCACCAUUUGGAUGCACUAAUCUCGUGGUUCCUCCCCCCUACCCUGGGCAGUGCAGCCCUAACCUGGGCUCUCAGCUCUGGACCAGGCUGCCUAAGGUACUUCCCACCUGGCCCCUUCCGUAAAGGAUGGUACUUCCCAGGCAAGCCCCUGAGAGGCAGCGGACAGGCAGACAGACCCUCGCUCCUGCUCCAUUCCUGCCUACCCAAGCCAGAGCCCAUGACUCAAGUCUGUCCCCCCCAACCCCUUUUUCUUCCAAGAAGUAGAUGUUCAAGUGCUGGGCAGCCACAGUGGAGACAUAAGUCUGCCCGCUGGUCACUGGGUGGGUCUGGGUUCCCCUUCCUCUCUUCACCUUGUUCCUCUAAGCCCCCCACCAAUGUGCCUCAGCCCCCGUGCUGUGUGGCAACAGCAUCUUGGGUGGAGGGCUGGUUGUGACUAGGAACCCUCCUUUGAGUACCAGGCAUGGUUUCUGUCUUAUAUCUAGAUGGGAAGCAUCCUUCUCUGCAGCCCUCAAAUAAUCAUGUCUCCAUCCCUGGGGAGUCAUGCCACCAUUGGUUCCAAGGCCUUGGCUGGGGGAAGCAAAGCAGACCCAUCUGCUUCUCUCUGUACAUCAUAACUUUCUAGGCUCCUGAGGCUGCACAGUCCUUAAACAUCUCUACAGCCCCGAGGUGACCCACUUCCCACUGAGCUCCCCCAGCAGAUGCCACAAGCCAGCAUGUUCCUGGCCCAUGGGGCAGGGGUCCAUAGUCUCCCCAUUGCUCCUGAGUUGGGUUCUACUCUGCUGCUCCCCCUCGUUCUUCCCUGAAGUCCUGAAGGGAGGGGCAGUGGCCCGGGCAUGAAUUCCACCCAGGGAAUCUUAGGUAUGCCCUCCUGCCCCAGUGAGAGAGCCGCCCGCCUGUUUCCAUUUAUAUCAAAAUUGUUUGCAUACUUUUGUAAUUAAGGAGUGUGUCCAGUGGAAGGAUUUUUAAAAUUAUCUGAAUGGAUAGCUCAAAUCCUCUGCCAUUUAUAAUUUUUGGCUCUGAAUUCCAAUCAGAAAAGCUUCCCCUUCUGCAUCUGAGUUGACUGAUGAUGUGAGUGUAAACUGCAUUUGGUUAUUUCUGAUAUCUGUGACCACUUGAAUGGAUAUUUUCCCUUUUACAUGCUGUCCCUCAAUUACAGAAAGGAGUCCCUUUGUUGUAUGGAUAUCUGUGCCUGUAGAGGGUGGGCAGGGUGGGGUGGGGACAUGUGUGGCAUGCACAUGAGUUGAAAUUUCACUUUUAUGCAUUAAAAAAAACUGACAUAGGGGUUGUUUCCUAUUGGAAGAGACACCUCUGGCCCAUUAUUCUUGUAAACAAAAUCUCAAGGGAAAAAAUGUUUUUGUUCUUUCCCAUUUCAUUGGGUUCAGAUAGAUUAAAAGACUGAUUUUCAGAAAUAUUGCUGUGUGUUCUAUCUAUUUGACUGUGUUGGGGUUGCCUGGAGGCCAGGUUCAGAGACAGAAUGGAAUUUAAUUCUAGAGGGAGUGUGGAAACGAUCUGUGACGGUGAUCAGAAAGGCAAGAUCCCUCAGAUUCAACCCUCCCUUUCUUGAAUCCCUACGCUGUAUCCGAAGAUUGGCUCCAUUCUAGCUGGGUCCUUAACCUCUUGGUGCCUCAAUUUCCAUAGGUGAAAGGGGAGAUAGGCUUGAAACCAUUUUUAUUACUAUCAUAUAGGGCUGUUGUAGAAAUUAAAUCUAUAAUACAUGCAAGUUAAUUAUACUAGAUCAGAACAAGUUCAUGUAUGAAGGGAAAUAGUGAAUGAUAAGUUUUCAAAGAUGCUAUAUGGGAUCUGUCAGUAUUCCCAGGUAGAAUAUAAUCUCUUUGAGAAGAGGGCUAACAUUUUCCCACAGAUUUGAGCCAGGGCUCUGCAGGUGGGAAGUAUUUCAUAAAUUCUUGACAUCCAAGUACCUGGCAUUUCUUUUCAACCGGAAGCUCAGCACAGGGAGGUGGACAUGGACCAUUAGAAAUGGACUAACAUGGAUAUUUACCAUCCUGCUGUUUGGUCUUUCCAGAUCCCCAGGGACGAGAUUUCCAAACAUCUUGGGGAUGAAGGUAGAAGCCAGUCAGCCCUCCCCAUUCUCUCUUUAACAUCUCUACCAUCCUCUCUGAUACUUGAGUAACUAUGACACUCACAGCCAGCACUCAAGAGAAGUAUGUUUAUGGGUAGUGAGUUAUUGGCAUCCUCAACCCUGUUUUAUGCCAGUUGUGCUUUAUGCUGUAAUGUUACGAUUUAGUUAACCAAUGAAAUAUGACAGAAAAGUGAAAUAAUCUAGAAAAACUAAGUUGACAGAGACCUGAUAAAGGUGAGUUACCAGCCACUCCUCCAAAUUCUAUCAAAUUAGAUGGGAACAAGACAACUGAAAAGACUUGAGGGGUGGGAGGAAGGUCCUUGGAAAUUCUAUAUUCACAUUGAAAGUAUCUAAGGUCUUACUCCAUGUUAAAGAAAUCAAACAUUGGAACUCAGGUUGUUUUAUAUAAGGGCAUGAUUUACCUUAUAAGGAAAAUGAAGACCUCCAAUAG